CCCGCGCGUUACAUACAGACGCGCAACCCAAGCCGGGGAAGGAUGGAGGGCGAGCGGGGCGAGUCGCAGUCGCCGCGGCCGUUCUCCUCCCCUCCCCUUGGCGGCGAGGCCAAGGCAGCCCGUGCCGAGCCGCCAGCGCCCCGGCCGCUGCUGCUGCUGCCUCCCUCCUCCUCCACCUCGGAGCUGCUGGACUUCGACGACGACGAGGACCUGGAAGUGUUCAGCAAGGAUGCGUCACUCAUGGAGGCAAACUCGUUCAGUCCUUUAAUGCCAACAUCUCCAUCUUCGAUGAUAAAUCAGUACAAAUUUGAGGAUGAACCAGAAGGAAAGGAUCUUUUCAUAACGGUUGACGAGCCGGAAAGCUAUAUUACUGCCAUUGAGACAUUCAUCACUUACAGAAUUGUCACCAAGACAACUCGUGGUGAAUUUGACUCCAGUGAGUAUGACGUUAGAAGACGCUAUCAGGACUUUCUUUGGUUGAAAGGAAGACUUGAAGAAGCGCAUCCAACACUUAUUAUUCCUCCGUUGCCUGAAAAAUUCAUAAUGAAAGGAGUUGUGGAACGAUUUAAUGAAGAAUUCAUUGAAACAAGAAGGAAAGCUUUGCAUAAGUUUUUAAACCGGAUUGCUGAUCAUCCUACUUUAACUUUUAAUGAGGACUUCAAAAUUUUUCUUACUGCACAAACAGAGGAACUUUCAUCUCACCGGAAGCAGGGCCCCGGCUUACUUAGCAGAAUGGGUCAAACAGUCAAGGCGGUGGCUUCAUCAAUGCGAGGCUGUGCUGUGAAAAACCGCCCGGAAAUAUUUACAGAAAUGAGUGACUAUGUGGAUGUGUUUAACCAGAAAAUCAAUCUAUUGAACAAAAUCUCCCAACGAGUUUACAAAGAAAAAAAAGACUAUUUUUAUGAAAUGAAGGAAUUUGGUCCAAUUCACACACUCUGGUCUGCUUCGGAAGAAGAUCUGGAAGAUACAUUAAAAGGAAUGGCUACAGGCAUCGACCAGUGUUGCAAAGCUGCAGACAAAUGGAUGUCCGCUCUGUCCGAAAGCUUCUUCCCUGUCAUACAUGAAUAUUUGCUUUAUAAUGAAAUAUUGAUGGGUGUUCUGAAAAGAAGGGACCAGAUCCAAGCAGAACUGGAUUCCAAAACAGAUGCUAUGUAUAAUAAAAAGGCUGAAAGUGGGCUGUUGCCUGAAGAGAUUGGAAAACUUGAAGAAUUAGAAUGCGCCAAUAACGCUCUGCAAGCGGAUUGGGAUAGAUGGAAGCACAGCCUGCGUCUUGAUAUGAAAUCAGCAUGGCACAUGGCAGAAAGUAAUCUCCGCUAUUAUGAAGAGUGCCUUGCCACCUGGGAGUCCUUCUUGGCCUCUCAAACUGCCUCAGACAUUACCUUGGAAGAAGAAUCUGAAGAUCAGUCUUGAUUGAGGCAUCCUCCUCUGAAUUGUUCCUCACCAAAGAAUUACUUUAUUUGAGAUGAAAUUCAUUUAUUGUGUAGAGAUAUUAAGAUUCGAGAGUGGGGAGUAAGCUUACUGAAAUGUCUGGUAUUCUAUUAUCCCGGAGUUUCUUGAAUCAUGGUUUGUGUAUGUGUUUUUGGUAGGCGGUGGGGAGGGGAGAGCCCAGUUCAGAUGUAACAGUAACAUCAUUUAAUACUGUGGGACAAGUUUAGGGUUCACCGACAAAUGCGUGCUCGACAAAACCGCGGUGAGAAACCGCGAGUUUGAAAUCGC